AUGGAACCGAAAACUGUCAACAGUGGUCAACUGACGCAGAGUGCUUUAGAUGACCUACUCUCGCUUGGAGUAGGAGAGCUGGUUACUAGCGAACAACCAACAUCGUCGUCUAAUGCAUGGGGAAACACUGGCUUGGUAGAUCCAUGGGCCACAACUACUUCUCCGCCUCAAACUACCUCAAGUAAUCUAUAUCCAAGUGGUCAGUUGGUGAACAACGACCCCUGGGCUCCUUCCUCGGGAACAAAUUUGCUUGGUGGUAGCACCAGCGCCUCUAAUUCUACACCGGCCCCAUCUUCUACGGUGGAUCCUUUCUCUGCUUGGGAACAACAGCUCGACCAGCCACAAAACUCCGAGCCUGCUCAGUCUACAAGUGGAACAAACGGUCAGAGCACCAGCACAGCCCGAAAGACUCCUGAAAACUUCUUAGGAGAGAAUAAGAAUCUUGUAAAUUUGGACAACCUUCUGGGUGUGUCAUCCUCUAACAAUGCGAACUGUGCAAAUCCAUUCCUUCUCACAAGCACGUCAACUGCUGCCAACCCAUUUGCAGCCCAGCAGCGGAAGUCACCGACUUUAAACGAAAUGCGGGCAGCACAGGCCACUUCAGUACCGCCUAUUCCCAGUGUUGGACCUAGGGUAGGCGUGCUACCGCAGCCACUGCAGCCGACACAACAAGAAUCCAAUCCGUUUGCCAGCCCUUUUUAA